AGAUGAUCCGGGCAUCCGUCCUUCGGUCAGCCCAGUCAUGAGAUCAUUCUCCGAUUUAAUUGGAUUCAUAGUGGGCCAAGCUUGGUUCAGAAUCGAACCGACCAAAAUAGUCGAACAUCGCACAGUCAGUCAGUCAGUCAGUCACCGCCACUCUGCUAAUCUGCUCUCCUCAUCUCCGAACUUCGCACAAAUUUGGAGACUGGAGUCUGGAGUCUGGAGUCUGGACGGGCAUCUCUUCCAACUUCCUUCGCUCAUUGCUCCUUCCUUGUUGAGUGAUCUCGGGCACUUGUCAUUUCUCAUCAACUGAUUUGGUGCUUCUCUCCCAAGGGGUUUACGGAAUCGCUUGGUUUUUUCCUGAGUUUUGGAUGUCAUUGAUGGAGGAAAACAUUGGCUUAAAUGCAAUGUCAUCUACACAUACAGUGUCAAGUUCGCGAAUUUUUCGAGCCACAGCCUAUGGUGCUGAUCCAACAGGAAAAACAGAUAGCACUGAAGCACUUCGCAAGGCUAUUUCUGAUGCUUUUAAAGCUCCAAAUAAUGGAGAGCUGAUGGAGUGGAUCCCCAAUCUUGGUGGUGCACAGUUAUACCUUGAAUGAGGCUAUUACAUGAUAAGCAGACCAUUGAAGUUGCCAGGCGAUUGUGGUGGAAAUCUAGAUUCAUGGGGGAUCACUGAAAGCAUCCAAUACUUUUCCAGAAGAUCAGUAUUUGAUAGAGCUAUCAUCUUCAGUAAUGGAGAGGUAGACCUGGAAGAUGAAUUCGAGGACUUCUCCUGUUAUAUCUUCAACCAUGAAUAUAUCACCCUCAGAGACCUCCUACUAGACUCUAAUUUCAGAGGAGGUGGCAUUUCAGUCAUCAACUCCUUUAGAAUUACCAUAGACAACUGCUACAUUGUUCAUUUCACAACCAAUGGUAUCUUAGUCCAUGGUAGCCGUGACACCUACAUCAGAAACUCUUUCCUUGGGCAACACAUCACCUCCGAUAGUGAUUGUGACGAAGAGGACUUCUCCGGCACUGCGAUCAACCUAAAAAUGAGCAAGGAUAAUGCCGUCACCGACGUCAUCAUCUUUUCUGCAGGAAUUGGUAUAAUGGUGUCUGGUAUAGCUAACACACUCACUAGGGUGCAUUGCUAUAACAAAGCAAGUCAUUAUGGUGGAAUAGGUAUUUGCCUGAGGCUACCUGGUUUGACAGUAACCCAUAUUGUCAAUUGUUACAUGGAUUAUGCCGGCAUCGUCGCAGAGGACCCAGUUCAACUACAUAUCUCUAAUAUAUACUUCCUUGGUGAUGUUUUCAUUUUGUUUAAGUCCAUUAAUGGUGUAAUAAGAGGUGUCAACAUUGUUGAUAAUAUGUUCACAGGAAGUAAUAGAGGGGUGGAUAUUGUCCAAUUGGAUCAAUCAGAAGGGCCUUUUAAGACCAUUGAUCAAGUUGUAAUCGACCAGAACAAUGUAAGCGGAAUGAAUUUGAAGGUAACUGUUGCAAGAGCAGUGAAGGAAGGGAAUGGAAGCUCAUGGGUGAUUGAUUUCAAUUAUGUUCUACUAUUCCCAAACCUCGUCAACCAUGUUCAGUACACUUUGAGCACCACUGGCUCAGGCUCCGGUUCAUUCCCUAAACAUGCCUUGCGGAAUGUGUUGGAGAAUCGCGUGGUAGUUGAAUCAGAUAGGCCUAUUCAGGCUACUGUUUAUGUUACAGUUCAUCAAAUUCCUAUGAGUAAUGGAUGGACAGAUUUGGAGAAUCACAGGAAGGAAGAAAUGAAGGCACAGGAAGGAUGGAAAUUCCGUCUUCCCACAGGGUAUACCAGCAACUCAAAUUAAAUUGAAAUAAAUUAAUUUUUUUAAAACUGUACAACUUUGAAAUAUUUUUUAUUUUUUUUAUUUUUUUUAUUUUUCUUUA